AAGUUUUACUUCCCUAAAUCAGAGCAUGAGCAAAGUGGAAAGUUCUCUCGCUGCAGUGGUGGUGAGAUUAACUGUCUUAGAGGACGAGAACAAUAAGUUUAGAGAAGAGUGCGAGGAACUGAAGAUAAAGAACGCUGCCCUCGUCCGUAGAGUGAACGAACUCGAAGAUUCUGUAAUCGAGCAGGAACAAUAUUCAAGAGUGGCGAAUCUUGAAAUACGUGGUGUCCCGCAAACGGAAAAAGAGGACGUGUACGCAGUUUUGGAAUCAGUAGCGAAAGCUCUAAAGGUAACAUUUGAUGAACGUGACAUUUCCAUCGCUCAUCGCUUCCCGGCACCCAGAAAUCGCCGCUUCCAUCCAGUCAUCGUGGUCCAGUUCGCCCGGCGCUCCGUGAGGGGAGAGUGGCUCGCUGCAGCUAAGAAGACACGUUUCCAGAUGACGGAUCUUCAUGAAACCUUCAGCCCAGGACCUGUGUUCGUGAACGAGCACCUAACCCUACACACCAAGGACCUGUUGUGGCGCUGCAAGACUAAGGUGAAGGACGGUUCCUUAGCUUACGCAUGGUGUAAGGAUGGCAAAGUGUUUGUACGACACACCGAGAAAUCUCGCGCCAUCCGAGUCUACCGCAGCGUCGAGGAGAUAGAUCGUGAGCAGAGCCCAGGACACGGCAAGUAAACACUGGAUAAACUAUGUGAGUCAAUCUACAGUUCGUUUGUGUUACUUUUUACUGUAAUACAAUUUUAAAUUUGAUUAUUUAACAUACAAACAAUUUCAAUAUAACUAUUACAUAAAUAUUAAUAACUAUUUUCGUUCAAGAAUUUAAAUUUUAUUUUUAUAAUUCCACAGAUCUAUUGUUGUAUUAUUAUUUAUGAGUGCCAUACUAUGUAAUUUUUAUAGGAAUAAUAACAUGCGCACGCUUUACUUCACCAAACCAUUAACAAACUUUUAAUGUAGUUGUUUAAAAAAUAAUUGUAAAAUGUUGUAGAUUACGUUUGUUAAAUUAAAUAAUUUAAUUUAAUUUAUUAUGAACGACUCUUAGCUAAACAAUCAUUUCUCAGAUGUUUUCUUUCUUUUGUUCUAACAUUAUAUCAUAUUUAUCUCUUCCAUACAUUAAAGAAGAGUA